AUGGCAACUCUAGCCCCAACCCCCAAUUUCUGGGGAAUCCUCUACGAAUCCAAACGAAUCAUCAAAGCCCACUCUCGCCACUUCCUCGCUCUCACCGUCCUCUUCCUCCUCCCCCUCUCUUUCUCUAUCCUCAUCUACCCAACUUUCCAGACCACUCUCUCUCAAUCCCAAUCCAAACACAUCCUUUUCCUCCUCUCCUACAUCACCCCCACCUCCUCCGAUUACUCUCUCCAAACCCUAGCUCUCCCCCUCAUCUUCGUCCUCUUCGUCUCCCUUUUCUCUCUCUGCGCUAUUGGCACAAUCACCUACAGCACCUACCACGGCUUCUACGGUAGGCCCGUCAAACUCGCCUCCUCCAUCAAAUCCCUCUUCCACUCCUUCAUCCCGCUCGCCAUCACAACAAUCGUCUUCGAAAUCGUUGUGGUUCUGAUUUUUGCCCUUUUUGGGAUUUUCGCGGUUUUGGCCGUCAAAGGGUUUGAGAUUCUAGGGUUUGUGGUUGAUUACAAUUCGAACUAUUUUCUAGGGUUUUGUAUUGUGAUUGUGAUGAUUUUUGUAUUGGUGUGUGUUCGUCUGCAAGUGAAUUGGCUAUUGGCGUGUGUGAUUGUGGUGGUGGAAUCGAAAUGGGGGCUGGAGCCGUUGCGGCGGAGCUCGUAUUUGACGAAGGGGAUGAGACCGGUUUCAUUGUCUUUGACAUUGUUUUUCGCGGCUGCGAUUGGGUUUUUUCUGUGGGGAUGCUCGGGAACUUUCUCGGGCAGUUUCAGUGAUGUGUGGAAGUGCUUGUCUUUUGUUCUUCAGACCGUGUUGGGUUCGAGCAUUAUAGCUAUGUUUAUGCUUCAAAAAUUGGCCUCCACUACUGUGUUGUAUAUGUACUGCAAGGCCUUGCGUGGGGAAUUGGCUGGGGAGAUUGCUGAGGAGUUCGCUUGCGAGUAUGUUAGUUUGCCUUUCGAUGAUGCAAAGGUUCCUCAUGUUGUCUUUGUUGUCCAAACUUAA